AGAGGCGGCUGGGCUGGAGAGGGUGGAGUUUGGUAACGGGGGCUCUGAAGAGAAGAAAAGCGCGCAACAGACCCAGGCGUGGUCCCGCGAAGUAGGCAGCUAGCGCCUUAGCCAUGGGGAACGUUGUGGCUCGUGAGGAUUUCGAAUGGGUUUAUACGGACCAGCCGCACGCCGACCGGCGAAAGGAGAUCUUGUGUAAACAUCCAGAGAUAAAAACCUUGAUGAAACCAGAUUACAAUUUGAUUUGGAUAGUUGUACUGAUGGUGUUUGUACAACUAGUUACUUUUUAUCUCGUUAAAGACUUGAAUUGGAAAUGGGUUCUGUUUUGGUCAUAUGCAUUCCACAGCUGUAUCAGUCACUCUAUGACUCUAGCUGUUCAUGAAAUCUCUCACAAUAGUGCCUUUGGCAAUGCUAAACCUCUGUGGAAUCGGUGGUUUGGAAUGUUUGCGAAUCUCCCUCUUGGCUUCCCAUAUUCAGUGUCUUUCAAGAGAUACCACAUGGAUCAUCAUCGUUAUCUUGGUGGUAAUGGAAUUGAUGUGGACAUUCCUACUGACUUUGAAGGAUGGUUUUUCUGCACCCGUUUUAGAAAGCUCAUUUGGAUUAUUCUUCAGCCCUUAUUUUAUGCCAUUCGACCUCUGUCUAUAAAUCCCAAACCAAUCUCACGACUUGAAAUCAUCAAUGUCUUUGUUCAGCUCCUUUUUGAUGUUGCAAUAUACUAUGUCCUUGGAUUAAAAUCACUCCUUUAUAUGCUUGCUGGAUCUGUGCUUGGGAUGGGGGUGCAUCCUAUUUCAGGACACUUCAUUGCUGAACAUUACAUGUUUUUGAAAGGGUAUGAAACAUAUUCCUACUACGGACCGCUUAAUAUGCUUACAUUCAAUGUUGGAUACCAUAAUGAACACCAUGACUUUCCUAAUGUUCCUGGAAAGCACCUUCCAAUGCUAAAGGAAAUGGCUUCUGAAUACUAUGACAACCUACCACAGUAUAAAUCCUGGAUAAAAGUACUUUAUGAUUUUGUGAUGGAUGAUACUAUCAGCCCCUACUCACGUGUGAAAAGGCACUUAAAGGGUCAAGUGAAACUGGACUGAACUGGCUAAAAAAACCUUUACAAACACCAUGAAUAUAGACGUUGGUAGUAAUGCAUCACUCUUUACAGAUUUAUUUGUUGGUAUCUCGAUUUACUUCCAAAUAUAUAUAUAUAUUGGUACAUUCUAGAACAAAAGAAAGAUUAAAAUAUUGCCAGAACUAGCAUUCCGUACAAUUGUCCUGCCUUUACUGGUGUAAUUGAAAGAACUGAAAAUAUCAGUGUUUUGUGCAUAAUGUUAGUAUUAAUGUUACAUAAUGUGUUAGUAGCAGUUUUUUUUUCUUUAAACCUUUAAUCAUACAGGAAACACAUGUACUUUUUGGGUUAUAUUUACUACUAACAGACUCUUUAAUAGGCGACAAAUUUUGCUAACAAAGCUUAACAUUCUAAGCUAUUAAAAAUUUAAGUGGUAAAUAUUGUUUUAAAUUGUUAAACAGAAUGCUUGGCUGCAAUUCCUCAGUUUGGUUAAUCCAAGUUCUAAAAUUAGUAACAAGUUUCAUUACAACUGCUGCUGUAAAAGAGGAGCAGUUCCCAUUCGAAGUAUGCUAGUGUUUCUGUAACUGUAGAGCACGGAUCUGUCAACCUGUUUUGUAUGAAUCUCUAGCUCCAAAUUCAAAUUUCCAUUCUGAACAACAUACUCUUCUUUUGUAGGGUGGGGAUGCUAAUAAGUGCUAAUGAACUGUGUAACAGUUGCAUCAUGUGAGGACAGCUCAGAAGCUGGUUGACAUUGAGUUUAGAAACUAUAUGGUAGAAUGCAGUUCCACUGUUCUAAUGCUUUAUGCUUCCUUGGCUCGAGUAAGUUAGGUAGUUGAAUAAUAUAAUGAAGAUCAGUUUUGUAAGCAGCAGUAGUGAGGCUGUCUAAUAUCUACUUUCCUGAAAAAGAGCAUGUCAUGUACUUCAAUAAAGAAGUUUAUUUAAAACGUCA